AUGAUCGGCCAUCAGCUGUUCUGCCCCCACGAGCAAGCUCAGCAGCCGGAGGAUGGGGACGUGGAGUAUGCAGCUAUUUCGUUUGUGGCUCGCGAUGGCGCCAUCCACAAAGAAAGUAGCAUUAAACGUUUUGUGUUCAAGGGCGACAAGUUGACUGGGGUGUUGAGUGAUGUUUAUUUUAACGGGCAUGCGGUUUACGUGAAAGAAGAGGAUGCGUACAUCUUUGUGUCGACAGCUGUAAACGAGGCAGACGAAAAGAAGGUUAUUGUGUUCCGUUCUGAGGAUGGGUUUGUUUACCAUGCGAUUUCCGUCAUCUCGAAGUUGGAAGAAGCUGAGCAGCAUUACUUGAUGCAUGAAGGAGGUCGAAAGCUGUCUGUAGUAUCAUCCUUCAACGGACUUUACUACACAAGUGUAUCAUCUGGUUAUGCUGGUAAGUACUGGUCGACUGUGAAGAUGUUGAACGUAUCUACACCACCAGCGUCUGUCAUGUUCUCCUCUGGAGUACAGCUUCAGUACGCGUGCUCAAACGAAACGUCUGAGCUAGCCAAGUGGUAUGUCACCGACGGCAAAGAGCGACACACUAUUACAACAGAAACCCCGGAGUUGCCCGUUGUCAGUAGCGCUACAGCCCGCUCUCCCUUUCUUGCGUUUGCCCUGAAAGCGCCUGACAGCGACGAGAAAAAAUUACUUGUUCUGCAGGCCGAGUCCAAGGACGACAGACAGACUCACGUUCGCGCUUUUCAUUUUUAUGUUGACGACUCUGCCGAGGAAGCUGAGAAGGCGGCCAGGAUGGCAAAGGGGUUAGAGGAGCAGCAGAAGAAAGAAGCAGCCCGUUUGCAAGCGACUCGUGAAAGACUGGAGCGAGAGAAAGCGCAGCGGCGCGAGCGGAUUCGCAAGAAGGCGGAACGUAAGGCGCGGUUUAUUACCCUCGACGAAUCAAAUGUGCGGGCAGCCAAAGGGUUCCUCGAGAAAGAUGGAGAGAUGAUACUUGUGAGGCGUGUGAACAAAGAUUCGAUCACGUUGGAGAAGGAGAUUUUCUUCUCUGAUCUCUAG